AACCAGAAGAUCUGCAGAAGUUCUGGCAUUGUUUUGUUAAUAUUCUCAGGCUGCUAUGACGAUGAAGUUCUUAACAAAGGGGUCUUCAUCAUAGCAGGAGGAGGAGGUGCAGGUUAGUGGACAUCCCAGGCUUACUUAUUUUGGGGGGAUUUAAGGCAUCUUGACAGUUCUUUUCUCUCUUUUCUGUUAUUCAAAGCCACCAAGGCUUUAUCAAGGGAGCCCAGCUGCAUCAGAUUUAUCUAGUUCAGGAUCAAGUCUCCCACAGUUGCCAACCAGAUGCCUCUGGGAAGCCCAAAAGCAGUACAUGAGCGCAAAGAGCUCUCUCUUGCUUCUGAUCUCAAGAAACUAGUAUUCAGAUAUAUGCUGCCUUUGAUGAAGAAGGUAACAUAGCUUCCAUCAUUAGUAGACACUGACGGCUUCAUCCUCCAUGUAUAUCGCUAAUCUCAUUUUUCAUAGAAUUGUAGAGUUGUAGGGUUGGAAGGGACCCAACAGCCUGUUCUCACAGUGGCCAGCAACAGGAAGGUCCAGCAAUAAAUUGCAAUACAUUGUGCACCAGCCCCUAACACUGAAUUCCCCUGUCAUGAUCUUUCCUCCUGAAAUGGCUGGCUUGAGAAGGUCCUGCAUUUGGAGUGGUGAACCAAACCCUGGGUUGACGGCUGCACAAAUGGACCCUGGGACUCAUCAGGGUCUGAGAUUGGAGAUCCUCAAUCGCUCCCCGCCUAGUGUGAACUGGGGCUGGUGGUGGGGUCCUCCUCCGCAACCUAGAUUCCAGUUUCCAAGCCGGAAGGUAAGGUUCCUUGCGGUGACUCGGUCUCCUCCAAGUUUGUAUCCUCUGAGUCAGGCUCUGGAGUUGGCAGUUUUCUGACUUUGUCAGUGGGCAACACAACCUCCCCUUCUAGGCCACUCACUCAUGUAUUUCUCUGCACACAGCUGUGAUCAGAUGGAGGACGGGGAGAAACAUUCGGAUGUCACUCUUAACUGUGCAGAUUAUCUGGAGGGCAACAGCAAUGACAUUUCUGCAAAGCGGGAGAGCUGGCACCAUAUGAACCAUAUCCCCAGAUCCUUGAAGAGCCAGUUCAUAUAUCGCCAACUGAGAGAACAGAAAAAUGCACUUCAAGAGGAAAUCAGGAUAUUCUGGAAGAAAUGCCAACGCCUACGGAGGGAGAUCCAGACUUUCCGAGAAGAUAACAAAACCAAGGCUUUGUGGGAGGAGAUCCAUGCCUUCAAGAUGAAGAACAAGAGCUUCAUGGAUGAGAUCAAGAGCUUCUUAGAGGAGAGCAGGGUUUUCAUGGCUGAGAUCAAGGCCUUCCAGACCAAAAAGAAGGAAAUUCAGGACCAGGUGAAGACCUUUCAGGAGAAGAUUGAGGCACUCCAGCAGAGGAUCAAGACAACAGAGGAGGAGAUUGUUACCUUGGAGGAAAGGAAUGAAUCAUUUCGAGAAGCUGUCAAAGCCUUCCAGAUUAAGAACAAGGAGUACCAGGAAGCCAACAAAGGCAUGCGUGAGAAGAACAAAUCCAUCCAGGAGAAGAUAGAAGCCAUUGAAGAGAAGAACAACGCCUUCUGGAAGGAAUGCAAGGCAUUUUGGAAGAAGGACAAAACCUUCUGGGAAGAGGACAUGGCCAUAUCCAAAGACAAAAUGGCCCUCUGGGAAGAGUAUAUAGCUUUGAGGGAUAAUGACCAAGACCUCCAGGAAGAAAAAGCGGUCAUCUGGGACAUGGUGGAAGCUCUCUGGGAUAUGAAGUACUCCAUAUGGAAAGAAGUAAAUGGGUUUCCGGAAGAACCACAACCUGAGUUCGAGGUGGAAGUUCUCGACAAUGGUGCCGAUGGAGACCAUGACGAACCACCUGAUGAAAUAAAAGAGGUGUGAAUUAACGCAAUGAUCUGGUUAGCACCACCUUAAAAACUCCUAUACACUGAUGUACAAACACCGCGGCUCCUUUGUCAUCAAGACCUUUUAAUAAAAUCUUGAUGGAAUUUCAA